AUAACAAUAUGGCUUUCUAAAGAAGUUCAUAACCCACGCUCAAUCGAAGUGAACCCAACAUUAAACGAUUAUUUUUUUGUUUAACACAAAAAAAAAAAAAUAUACGCGUCUCAAUAAUUUAAUUGACAAGAAAAUAUUAUUUUUCAUUAAAGUGUUACUUCAAUUUGAUAGCUAUACAUAACAUUGGAGUUGAAUAAUCACAUCACAAUCAAGAUGAGACGUAAAAGUGAACGUAACAAGACAAAAUCAUCACCAGAAAAAAAGCCUGAAAAACCAACUCGUAAAUCAACUCGUAGACGUACUAAAAAAUCACCAUCAACAUCACCAGAACGUGGUGAUAAUAGUAAUGAUGGUAUUGAUAAUAAUAAAAAUGAUAAUAAAGAACAAACACCAUUUAAAAGACAAACACGUUUACGUAGUAGAGAAAGUACACCAACAAAAAUAAUACCAUCAACAACACAAACACCAACAGCAGCAGCAGCAACAACAACAAGUGGUUUAAUGUCACCAGUUAUUGAAGAAACAGAUACAAAAGUAACAUCAACUGAGCCAACAACACCUAAAAAACAAGAUGAAGUUGAUGAAAGUGGUGGCUCAGUAUGGAAAGUUGCAAGAGCUGAUGCAUCACCAGGACAAAUACAAAAAUUAAAAAUAUGUAGACAACGUAAUUUAUCGGAAACAUCAGAUGUAUCAUUGAGUAAAAAACGUUCAAGUAAAUGGCAGGAUUAUAGUGAUGGUGUUGCUGAGAGUGCUGAUUCAGCUGAUGAACCACCAACAACAUCAAAUGAUGGAAUUAAAAUUAAUAAUGAUACAACAAUUGAUGAUACAACAUCUAUUACAGGGAGAGAUUCUGGCGAAGAGGUAAGUGAUAGAAAGGAGAUACCGUCUGAUGAUAUCACAACAGUCAACAUGUCUGACGUAAAAAAAAACAUAGAUAAACAACAACAACAACAACAGCGUGAUGAUGGUGAUAAAGAUGAUCAUGAUGAUGAUGAAGGACAAGGACAGAAACCUGCUAAGGAAAAUGAAGAUAAUAAAGAUGAUGUGAGCGAAUCAACAACCACAAUACCAACACCAGCAACAACAACAGCAGCAGCAGUAGUUGAUGAUGAUGAUGAUGAUGUUUCAAGCAAGGAGGAUAUUAAAGCUAAUGUUCAAAAGAAUGAUGAUGAUAAAGAACCUGAAAAACUUGAUGAAGAUAAGGAUGAAUCAACAAAACAAGAAACAACACAAGACAAUAAUAAUGAUAAAAAACAAUCAACAAUUGAUGACACUGUUAAAUCAUCAACUGAAUCUGAUGAUAAAAUUAUAGAAGAAAAAUCAAUUGUUAAUGAAGAAAUUAAAAAAGAUAGUGUACCAAUUGUUGAAGAUGAAAAAAAAAUAAAUGAAGAUAAAAUUAAAGAAAAAAAAGUAUCACCUUCAAGUAGUGAUAAUGAUGAAGAUAAUAAAAAAAAAUCAGAAUCAUCAGAUAAUAAAACAAAUGAUGAAUCUAAAAAUGAAAUAACAACAAGUACAAGACCAGUACGUUUAACAAGAAGAAAACAUCGUGAUAAAUAUCGUGAUUCAUCAAAUUCAGAAUCUGGUGAUUCAGAUGAUGAACCAAGACGUAGAAAUAGAAAAACAAGUGAGGCUGAUAAUAAAAAAGUUAAAAUAGAAAAAGAUAAAAAUGAAGAUGUAAAAAUUAAUAAAAAUAUAGAAACAAAAAAUAUAGAAAAAGAACAACAAAAAGAUAUUAAUAAUGAAAAAACAGAAAUUAUUAAAAAUGAAAAAAUAGAUAAUACUAAAAGAGAAAAAUCAGAAUCACCAGAAGAACAUCUUGAUAUUCAUGCUGAUACUGAAAAUGACAAGGAAAAAUUAUCUGAUGCUGAAGAAAAUAAUGAUUGUAAUAAAAAAACAACAAAUGAUAAUUCUGAUGAAAUUAAAAAUCAACAAAUUGAUGAUGUUAAAUCUGAAACAAUUGAAAAAAUUCAAACAAUCAUUAAACCAGCUAAAGUUUGUUUAAAAAGAACUUACUCACGAGCCUCAGUUGAUGUUAAGAAAGAUGAUGGUGAUUCAUUGAAUGAUCCAAGUCAAGACAAAGAAAAUCAUGUGAGUGAAUCACCUAAAGUCAUUCCAAAAAGACGUCGUUGGGGAACAAGUGUUCUUGGUACAGACACAACACCAGUUUUAUCAAUUUCUACUGAUUCACUUCAGGCUCUGGUACCUGGAGCAAAACCCUUGUCAAUGAGUGAAGUACGCCUGACAAAAGAUGACGAUGAGGUGCGAGAACAUCGACGAGAGCAAGAAAAACAUCAUGAAAUAAAUAAUGGUGAUGAAGACAAAGAAGAACAUGAACUUGUUAAAAAUGAUAGCUCAAGAGACAAUCAAUUAGCAAGAAGAAAAAUAUCUAUUGUCAAAGACACAUCACAAUUACCAUCACCAAGUUCACCAUCUGGUGCACAAGUUACAAAUGUAUUGUUUAUUAAAAAUUUAGUUCGUCCAUUUACAAUGACACAAUUAAAAGAGCUUCUAUCACGUACUGGUACAAUUAUUGAAAAUGGUUUUUGGAUGGAUAGAAUAAAAUCCAAAGCUUAUGUUGAGUAUAUGAAUGAAGAUCAGGCAUUUGAAACUAGACAAGCUCUUCAUGGAAUAUCUUGGCCAAUAUCAAAUCCAAAAAAACUCGUUGUUGAAUACGCAACAAAAGAAGCCAUGAAUGAAGCUAAAGAAUUAUUUAAAGAUCAACCAGUAGCUAAAAAAGUUGAGGCAGUAUCAACUGGUGAUAAUUGGCCAAAUUCAUGGGAUGAUAAAACAAAUACAACAACAAAGGUAACUGUUGUGAGAGAAUGGGAUUUGGGAAAAGAAGAUGAUCAACAUAAUUUAAAAGAUAAAGAACGUGAAAAAAAAGAUAAUGAUAGUAAAAAAAGAAAACAAAGAAGUCGUAGUCCAUUAAAUGAUUCACAUUUACCAGCACCAGCUCGUAAAUUUAAAAAAAAAGAAGAUGAUGCACCACCAGCAAAAUUACUUGAUGAUUUAUUUAAAAAAACAAAAGCAACACCAUGCAUAUACUGGUUACCGCUCACCAACGAGCAGAUUGUUGUUAAAGAAGAAAUGCGAAGAAAAGCUAUGGCUGAAAAUGCACGAAGAUUGGAAGAAUUCAGACGUGGUGGAAAUCGUGACAAUAAUCGUCGUCACGGACGCAGUCCCAGAAAAUAAUUAACCCUUUUUUUUUUUUUUUUUUUCUUUCUAUAUAAUUAGAUUUUUCCUAUUUUUUAUUUUACAAAUAAUUGAAAGUUUUAAAAACGUGCUUUCGACAAACGUGUUGUUCCAUUGUCAGUUAUAUAUUUUUUUUUUUUUUAAAUUAUUUUUUGUUUAUUCGUGAAUUGUAUUAUUAUUUUUUUUUUUUUAGUUGUUUAUUUUUUUUUGUAAACUAUAGCUUGAUAUCGUUUAUUACCGGUAUAAAUUUCGAUUUGUUUAAUCAAUUCAAUCGAAAUUUAAAAAAAAGAAAUUCUUCCGUGCAAUAAAAUCAGUAUCAGUCAUUAUUUAUUUUUUUUUUCUUGCCAAUCACUUAAAUAAUUUCAUUUAAAAUUAUUUCUUUAUUUAUUUAUUAUUUUUUUUCUUGAUUUAUUAUUGUCCUAUUGAUGGAUGGCAAGAUGACUGGGACUGUUGUGCAUGUCUUUCCUUUUCCGCGAAAAAAAAUCAAACAUGCCAAUAUCCCAAUCCUCUUGUUCAUCACAUUAAAAAAUAAUUCUUACAGGUCAUCACUG